AUGAGUAAUUCGGAGAAGAGCGAAAUUACGACGACGCGGCUCCCCAACUCGACUGCUGAUAGGAUUAGCAACCUUCCUUGCAAUGUGACAGAGCGGAUUCUGGCCUUCUUACCGAUAAAAGCUGCAGUGCAAACCAGCAUCUUGUCCAGAAACUGGAGGCAUCGCUGGAGAAUUACUCCCCAACUUGUGUUCGAUGAGAGUUUUCGAAAUGGGCAUGACGAGAGCAAGCUAAUGGUGGACAUUUACGGGGCUCUUCUGCUUCAUGAUGGGCCAAUAACCAAGUUUGAGCUAGCAAUUCGUGGAUCGACAGUAGAAAGUUCACAGGUUGAUAGGCUGAUUCUUCACCUUUCAAGGACAGGUGUUAGGGAACUUGCCCUUCAGUUUUCGUGCUUCCAUUACCCGGAGCUGCACUCCUCCCUGUUCUCUGCCUUCGACCUGAAAGCUCUGAAACUGGAGCGAUGCCAUUUUGGUGCACAUCCCUCCUUUGUCGGAUUUCUUCUAGAAAAUGAUGCAUUUCCCAUUAGCAGCUACUCCGCUGUGAAGUACGAGCUGGAUAUGGUUGCGCUGUUUGCUUCUCUGCCUGCACUCCAGCAGCUGACUCUUGGAAUUCAAUUGCUGCUGAUUGAUCCUGAAGAUGGUGGCAGUUCGCCUUCAGACGUUAUUGCUAGCCUACGGAAUUUGUUGGAAGCAGAGGAUCGACCGGGAGUUUGCUGCCUUCAACAUCUUGAAGAGCUCCACAUUCAGGAUAGUCGUGGUACACGAGUCGAGUUGGACUUAGUGAGGUUCGUUCUGGCCACGACUCCACAACUUCACGAACAAAGAGCGAGGAUGGCGACGCGGCUCCACGAGUCGACUGCUGAUAGGAUUAGCAAUCUUCCCGACGGCGCGAUAGAAAGGAUUCUGGUGUUCUUACCCGUAAAAGAUGCAGCGAGGACCAGUCUCUUGUCAAGAGACUGGAGGAAUCGUUGGAGAAGUAUUCCCCAACUUGUCUUUGAUGAUUAUUUUGCUCCAACCCCUGCAGGAAACUCUUAUUUGCCGGAUGAGAAUAAGGUUAUGAUGCAAGUUUACGAAGCUCUAAUGGGUCAUGAUGGGCCAAUAGCUAAGUUUGAGCUCUCAAUUUCUGGAAUCAGGAACCCUAAUGUUGAUAUCUUGAUGCGUUACAUUUCAAGCAAAGGUGUCCAGGAGCUUUCCCUUCUCUUUUGGGAAUGCCAUCAUCUCCAAUUGUAUUCCUCACUGUUUUUCGCCUUACCCCUCAAUCGCCUGAGGCUGCAGUAUUGCACUUUUAGUCUGGCAUCUUCGUUCGUGGGGUUCAGUAAGCUGAACCUCGUCGAAUUCAAUGAUGUUUUUCUGCCUGAUAAUUUCUAUGAAAAUUUCAUACCGAACUGCCCGCUGCUUGAAGAGUUGAGUUCGAUUGCAUCGCAUAAUCCGGAUAUGGUCAGCUUGUUUGCAUCUCUCCCUGCACUUCAGCACCUCAAUCUUGGCAUUGAAUUACUGCUAUUCCUUGCUGAUGGUCAUGUCCCCUACCAGCUUCCUACAGCUCUCCACAACCUGAAAUUCCUCGAAGUACCUCAUAUUCUUUUGCAUAGGUUGCCACAGGCGCAGCUUGAUGAUGAUCUCAGACAUCCACGUUCGGAGGUUAUUGCUAGCCUAGAAAAGUUGUUGGAAGCAGAGGACCAACCUAGAGUUUCUUGCCUUCAACAUCUGGAAGAGUUCAACAUUCAGGACAGUCGUGGUACGCAAGUGGAGCUGGACCUGGUGAGGUUUGUUCUAGCCACUGCCCCAAGUAUGACUGCUGAUAGGAUUAGCAACCUUCCCGGCGAUGUGAUAGACCACAUUCUGAAGCUCUUACCCAUAAAUGAUGCAGCGAGAACUAGCCUCUUGUCAAGAAGCUGGAGGCACCGUCGGCGAAGUAUUCCUCAGCUUGUGUUCGAUGGUAAUUUUGCUCCGCUCUCUAAGAAAGAUGUUUACUUGCCGAAUCAGAAGAAGGUAAUGGUGAACAUAUACGAAGCCGUGCUGGUUCAUGAUGGGCCGAUGACCAAGUUUGAACUCGCAAUUCCUGGAUUUCAAUGGUGUCCUCAGGUUGAUCUCUUGAUGCUUUACCUUUCCGGCAAAGAUGUUGAGGAACUUACCCUUUUCUUUUGGGGUCCUGGAAACUCAUACUCCCACUUGCAUUCCUCUCUAUUCUCUGCCUUCGAUCUGAAGCGCCUGAAACUGCAGUAUUGUCAAUUUUGUCCACCAUCUGGGUUCUCGGGAUUUAGUAAGCUUACCUUUCUCCAAUUGGAAGACGUGGGUAUGCCCGACGGUUUCUUUGAGAAUUUCAUUCCAAAGUUCCCGCUGCUGGAAGAGUUGAGGGUUACGGACUGCGGUGAUACAGACCCUGUGUUUGAAUCGCAUUCUCUCAAAGUUCUUUUCUUCCGCUCUAGCUUUCUGAAAAUUUGCUUCAAGGAUACCCCUGUUCUUUCGGUGCUAUCAGUUCUAGAUACAGGCGAUUUAUUUUGUGGGGAAGGAGAACCCUCUAAGGAUGAUUAUUUGGAUAUGGUCCCUUUGUUUGCAUCUCUCCCUGCACUUCAGCAGUUGAAUCUUGGCAUUGAAUUGCUACUAUUGCUUGCUGCUGGUCGUAUCCCCUACCGGCUGCCUACAGAUCUUCACCACUUAGAAGUCCUGGAAAUACCUCGUCUUCUUUUGGAUAGGUUGCCACAGGCCCGGGUUCUUGUUUGUCUAAUCAUGAGUUCACCCAACUUGCAAACACUCACCAUUCGGAUUGAUGAUGAUGGUGAUCAUCCGCUUUCAGAGGCUGUUGCUGGCCUACAACAGUUGUUGGAAGGAGAAGAUCAACCUGAAGUUCGUUGCCUUCAACAUCUUGAAGAGUUCAACAUUCAGGAUGGUCGUGGUACACAAGUCGAGCUGGACUUGGUGAGGUUUGUACUCGCCACUGCUCCGAAGCUUCGUAGGAUCUCUAUUAAGCCGCAUGAUGAGCUGUCUUCUGGAAAGGUUUUGAAAUUCUUGAAGAAUGCGGCAUUAUGUAAACGUAUUUCCAGAGAUGCUGAGCUUAGAUAUGUCUGUGAUGAUGCAGACGAGGAUGAAUAUAGGGUUGAGGAUGAGGAAGCUAUAGUUAAGAGCCACAUGAAGCGGCUCUGCGAGCUGAAUGCUGCUGAUGGGAUUAGCAGCCUUCCUGACGACGUGAUAACGCGCAUUCUGACGUUCCUACCCAUAGUAGAUGCAGCGAGAACGAGUCUCCUGUCAAGAAACUGGAGGCAUCGUUGGAGAAGCAAAGGUAUACAGGACCUUACCCUUCGCUUUGAAGACGACACCAGUGGGUACCCUCGGUAUCAGUUGCAUUCCUCCCUCUUCUCUGCAGCCUUUCCCCUGAAGCGCCUGACGCUCCAGUACUGCAAAGUUAGAGUGCCAUCUUGCUUUGAGGGAUUCAAGAACCUGACCCUUCUUGACAUUGCUUUAGUUGAUCUGCCGAAUGAUUUCUAUGAGAAUUUCCUUCCGCUCUGCCCGCUGCUCGAAGAGUUGAGCUUGUUUGCAUCUCUCCCUGCACUCGAGCGCCUCGAUCUUGGCAGUGACAUGCUGCAGUUCCUUGCUGAUAAUGGUCAUGUCCCCUACCAGCUCCCUAAACCCGUCCACAACCUGAAAUUCCUCAAAGUACCUCGCAUCCUUUUGCAUCGGUUGCCACAGGUUCGGGUUCUUGUGUGUCUGAUCAUGAGCGCGCCCAACUUGAAAAGACUCACCAUUCAGCUCGGUGAUGACAACGAGCAUCCGCCUUCAGAGGUUGUGGCUAGUCUGCAGAAGCUGUUGAAUGGAGAGGAUCACGACCCUGGAGUUUGUUGCCUUCAACACCUUGAAGAGUUCAACAUUCAGGACAGUCGUGGUAUGCAAGUCGAGCUGGACAUGGUGAGGUUUGUACUAGCCACUGCUCCAAAACUUCGUAGGAUCUCCAUCAACCCUCAAGCUAAGUUGUCCGAUAGAGAGGGUAUGCAGUUCUUGAAAGAGGUCACAUUAUGCAAGCGUAUUUCCAGAGACGCAGAGGUCGUAUAUCUCUGA